ACUCUUCAAAUUUAGCCUUCAAAAUGAUCAAGUUUUUUGCCGUGGUUGUCUUGCUGGCCAUAAGUCCGCUAUCGUCUGAUUCUACUCUAAUUGACAUUGUGUCUAGUUGUAUAAAUUUUCAGUUUAAGGCAUUACUAUACCUUGCGGAAUCAACUGAUGAUAAAUUUCAUUGUAUUGAAACAUGUGUAUAUGAUAUUAUCAGAAAUCUUACAAAGAUUGAUCUACCUAAACGCCCGGAUCCCGAAAUAUGUCAAGGCUUAAAUGACAAAUGUAAGUACGCCGAAGGAUUACGAAAGUGUCUUCCACCAAAUUUAGAUGAAAGAUUUUGGAAAGAUGUUUUUACACGAAUAUAAACUUUAGACUAAACUUGUAACUUUGGUACAAUAAAAUAAUAAAUCUCGCUUC